CCCUCCCGGCCUUUCUCGGGUGCCGCCUCGGUCCUGCCGCCGCCGCCGCCGCUUCCCCGGUCGGUCCGCGGGGCCCUGCUGGCUCCUCCCCGGCAGCAUGGCACCAUCAGGGCGGAAUUAACCGGGCGCAACAUUUAACAUUUAGGGAAGCGGGAUCUCAAGGGAGAGGGGUGCCCUGCAGCCUCGGUCAUGGAUGUGAGCAAGAUGCCUUGGAGGCAGGAAUCUCUGUUGCUGCUUCACCUGUGAGGACCAGCCCAACGCGGCAUGGGUUUCAUGACAGCCGGGGCCACGACCGUCAGCAUCAAUAAGGCCAUUAAUACGCAGGAAGUAGCUGUAAAGGAAAAACACGCCAGAACAUGCAUACUGGGCACCCACCAUGAGAAAGGGGCACAGACCUUUUGGUCUGUUGUCAACCGACUGCCUCUCUCUAGCAAUGCUGUGCUCUGCUGGAAGUUUUGCCACGUGUUCCACAAACUCCUCCGAGAUGGACACCCAAAUGUCCUGAAGGACUCUCUGAGAUACAAAAAUGAGUUGAGUGACAUGAGCAGGAUGUGGGGUCACCUGAGUGAGGGGUAUGGACAGCUGUGCAGCGUCUACCUCAGGCUGCUGAGAACCAAGAUGGAGUACCACACCAAGAAUCCCAGGUUCCCAGGCAACCUCCAGAUGAGUGACCGACAACUGGAUGAGGCAGGAGAAAGUGAUGUUAACAACUUUUUUCAGUUAACAGUGGAGAUGUUUGACUAUCUGGAGUGUGAGCUAAACCUCUUCCAAACUGUGUUCAACUCCCUGGACAUGUCCCGCUCCGUGUCAGUAACAGCAGCUGGGCAGUGCCGCCUCGCCCCGCUGAUCCAGGUCAUACUGGACUGCAGCCACCUCUAUGAUUACACUGUCAAGCUCCUCUUCAAACUCCAUUCUUGUCUUCCAGCCGACACCCUACAGGGCCACCGGGACCGCUUCAUGGAGCAGUUCACAAAGUUGAAAGAUCUGUUCUACCGCUCCAGCAACCUGCAGUACUUCAAGCGGCUCAUCCAGAUCCCUCAGCUUCCUGAGAACCCACCUAACUUUCUGCGAGCCUCAGCCCUGUCAGAACACAUCAGCCCUGUGGUGGUAAUCCCAGCUGAGGCCUCGUCCCCGGAUAGUGAGCCUGUCUUAGAGAAGGAUGACCUCAUGGACAUGGAUGCCUCCCAGCAGAGUUUAUUUGACAACAAGUUUGACGACAUCUUUGGCAGCUCAUUCAGCAGUGAUCCCUUCAUUUUCAACAGUCAGAAUGGUGUGAACAAGGAUGAGAAGGAUUGCUUAAUCGACCAGCUGUACAGAGAGAUCAGUGGGCUGAAGGCACAGCUGGAAAACAUGAAGACUGAGUGCCUCCCACAGAACCAGCGGGCUGUGCUGCAGCUCAAGGGUCGCCUCAGUGAGCUAGAAGCUGAGCUGGCUGAGCAGCAGCACUUGCGGCAACAGGCAGCCGAUGACAGUGAAUUCCUCCGGGCGGAGCUAGAUGAGCUCAAGAAGAAGCGAGAAGACACAGAGAAGGCUCAGCGGAGCUUGACAGAGAUAGAAAGGAAGGCCCAAGCCAACGAACAGCGGUACAGCAAGCUAAAGGAGAAGUACAGCGAGCUGGUUCAGAGCCAUGCUGAUCUGCUGCGGAAGAAUGCAGAGGUGACCAAACAGGUGUCGGUGGCAAGGCAAGCACAGGUGGAUUUGGAAAGAGAGAAAAAAGGGCUGGAGGAUUCCUUCCGGCGUGUGAGCGAGCAGGCCCAGCGGAGGACUCAAGAACAGACAGAGGUUCUAGAGAGCUUGAAGACAGAACUCGCUACCAACAAACAGGAACUCCAGGUCCUCCAAGGCAGCCUGGAAACUUCUGCCCAGUCUGAAGCAAAACAGGUAGCCCAGAUCGCCGAGCUGCAGAAGGAGCGGGACAGCCUGCUGAGCGCAGCGACACAUCGUGACAAGGAGUUUGCCGCUCUUCAGGAGCAGCUGGGACACGACCAGCUCAAACUGGCCAGCACACAGGAGUCUGUGGAACGACUGGUGAAGGACCAACGGAAGGUGCUUCUGAUGGAAUCCAGGAUGGCCGCGGAGCGGGUGGUACAGGAAGCCCUGAGUCAGCUUGAGGAGCCCACUCUAGUCAGCUGUGCUGGGUCUGCAGAUCACCUUCUCUCCAGGAUCAAGUCUGUUUCCAGCUGCAUUGAACAACUAGAAAAAAGCCGGAGCCAGUAUCUGGCCUGCCCGGAGGAUAUUGGCGGGCUCCUCCAUUCAGUAACCCUCCUUGCCCACUUGACUGGUGACACCAUUCUUCACAGUAGUGCUACCUGCCUUCGAGCCCCACCAGAGCCGGCUGACUCACUGGCCGAAACCUGUAAGCAGUAUGGCAGGGAAACGCUCACCUACCUGGCUUCCCUGGAGGAAGAGGAAAGCCUUGGGAAUGCCAGCAGCACAGCCCUGAGGGACUGCCUCAGCAAGAUGGCGGCAAUCGGCGAGGAGCUCUUACCCAGAGGCCUGGAUCUCAAACAGGAGGAGCUGGGGGACCUGGUGGACACGGAGAUGGCUGCCACUUCUGCUGCUAUUGAGACUGCUACCGCCAGAAUUGAGGAGAUGCUCAGCAAAUCCAGAGCAGGAGACACAGGAGUCAAAUUGGAGGUGAACGAGAGGAUCCUUGGUUCCUGCACCAGCCUAAUGCAAGCUAUCCAGGUCCUGAUUGUAGCCUCCAAGGACCUCCAGAGAGAGAUUGUGGAAAGUGGCAGGGGUACAGCAUCCCCUAAAGAGUUUUAUGCCAAGAACUCUCGAUGGACAGAAGGACUCAUCUCUGCCUCCAAAGCUGUGGGCUGGGGAGCUACGGUCAUGGUGGAUGCUGCUGACCUGGUGGUACAAGGCAGAGGGAAAUUUGAGGAACUAAUGGUGUGUUCUCACGAGAUUGCUGCUAGCACAGCUCAGCUUGUGGCUGCAUCCAAGGUGAAAGCUGAUAAGGACAGCCCAAACCUAGCCCAGCUACAGCAGGCUUCUCGGGGAGUAAACCAGGCGACUGCCGGGGUCGUGGCCUCAACCAUUUCUGGGAAAUCACAGAUUGAGGAGACAGACAACAUGGACUUCUCAAGCAUGACGCUGACCCAGAUCAAACGCCAAGAGAUGGAUUCCCAGGUUAGGGUGCUGGAGCUAGAAACUGAAUUACAGAAGGAGCGUCAAAAACUGGGAGAGCUUCGAAAAAAGCAUUAUGAGCUUGCUGGUGUUGCUGAGGGCUGGGAAGAAGGAGCAGAAGCCUCUCCCCCUACGCUGCAAGGAGCAGUAGCCGAGAAGGAAUAGAGCCAAACCAAUGCCCCAUACAUCCGAGUUUUUUUUCAUUUUCAUCAUUUGCACAAACUUGUGGGCAUCAGAGGGCUGGUGGAUUCCAAACCAAGACGCUACCCUGAAGACGUGCACCAAAUCGGAACAGCAGGAGUGUCCUGGCCGAGAACGCCAAGGCAAUUCUCCCCCUCUUUUGGCAGUUCCGUGGAUUUCCACUGCUUCUUAUGGUGAUUGGUUGGGAUUUUUGGUUUUAUUUUUGAAAGCUGCAUUCAUAUACCCAACUCUCCCAAAAAGAGCACCCCUGGAAUGCUGAGUUUUCAGGGGCCCCUACACCACAGCAGUUAACAAUGAUGGUGCUGCUCAGGCUUUACCUUGGUGCUCCACAUCAACCUCCACACUGUCCUGCCAAGAGAGUGAGGGUCAGCCAGGGCCCCUCCCCAGGGUUGGGCGGAGCUGCUGGGUGACAGCUAUCUGCAAAAGGCAGAAGCAGAGCCAAUGCCUUUCCUUCUUAAAGCUGGACCCCAGCUGAGAGCCUGUGUCCACCUUCAAAAGUGAGAGGGCUAAAGAAAGGCAGAAAGGGGAUGCACACAGCCGGGUCUCAGGAGACCCCUUUCUUUGAAAUUCCUUGUGACCAGGCUGAAAAACUCGCCCAUGCUCGAAUGGAGCUGAUGAGAGUAGCAACACUGCUUCCCCAUGCCACAUCACGUUGGCCGCCUCCCUCCACACCUGGCCAGGGCCCAAGAAGAGGGAGCAUGUCAGGGGCUACCAGCCUUGGCAUCCUCUGAGUUCCAUGUUCUACCUAAUUAGCAGACCCAGAAGAUCAGGCAAACUUGCUCCCGUUAGGAAAGAACCCUGUGCUUGGUUUGGUACCUUUGUAUUUAUUACUAACCUCCUUUAAGCAGCACACAGCCUAUGGAAAGAUGCUCUGAGCAAUCAGGACUUCAGGGAUGACUAUGGCGAGCCUUACCUUGCUGUCCUAGUACAUCAGCUUCAAAAAUCAGAAACAAGGCCAAGAUGCCAGCUCUGGACUGUUACCAGCUGGAUCCUUAAGCAAGCAGGUUCCUCAGAGCAUUUGGGUCAGGGAAAAAGAGAAAGGGGGAACCACUGGCUCAGACUGCUUUCAGCCCAAGUCCCAGCUCUGGGUGCCCUGCUGACUAGAUCAGGACAGAGGGCUCAUUAACAAACUCCUAGAGGCGGGCAGACUGGCACUACUUCUCUACUUCCCAGCAGACCCCAGUAUUUAAGUGACCUUUCCAUCUUGGAAAAGCAGUGUCUUCCUUCUUUAACUGUAGCAGUUCUUACAUAGUAGCCAACAAGCACUUCCCAGGACCUGUCCCAAAGGAACAUGUUAAGUUUUGCUACAUGAUGGGUUGUAAGACUCCUGUUCGAUCACUGUGAAACAAACCCCCUCCUCCUGACCCAGCCCAGCUCCCUCUCUGUGCUUUUUCUAAGCGGGGCACUCAAAAGACAGUCUCCCGGAAACUCAAACUCCAUACAGGGCUAAGGAGCCAUCAGCAGGAGAAAUUGAGGGCUUAUCAUUUUUCCAUCCCAAGGCUCAGAGGAGUAGUGUCCGGCAUCUCUGGCCCAGUUAAAUCUGUCAGUGUGUUCUCAGUGUGGGUCGGCAUUUCCAAAGAUGGUUAGUCCUCGUUUCUAGAGUCCUGGCCAUUCAAACUAUUGUGCUCCAAUUUAACAGUGGGGGAAAAAUCUAGUGUAUUGGAUCAGGUUAGUAGUCUAUGCUGAAACAUUUUAUAAGAAGCCACAAUAAUUUCUAAAAUCUUCAUGGACUUAGUAAAACAGAUAAGAAAGUGCCGAAGCACGAGCAGCGGCCAGUUCAGUCUCACAUGAGGAGUAUCUGUCAGAUGUAGUGUAAUUGGUUCACAACAGCUCAGAUUAGAAGCUAGUCCAUUCUCCAGCCAAAACCAAAUGUCCUAUCUUGGUUCCUCUUAAUGAGUGUCUUACAUUUGGUGUGAUUAAAGCAGAAAUCACGUCUCAAGGCUGAAGAUGAACCUCACAGCUUUUUCGUCCCAUUGGCCUACUGUUAGUGACUAAACUUGCACGUCUCAUGGGUGAGUGUAAAUGGGUCAUAACAGGCCAACAACAAAAAGAUGGCUUAUGAUGACAGGUUGAGAUACACCUGCCUCUGUUAUUUAAUUUUAUUAUACAGUGCUCCAAAAACCUCUAGAGUAAGGAUAUGUGCACGUAAUAAGGAAAGUAAUAGAAGAUGAGUGAGGAGUUUAAAUUAGACUCAAAUUUAGAUUAUUUACAGAGUCUGCUGCCCAGAACACUUCCCUAGGAUCCCAACUGAACAUGAGUCCUUAACCCGGUGGCUGGAACAACCAGACACUGUCCAGAGCAUCCUUUCUUGGAAUUAUUUCAGCUACCAAAUCAGAUACCAAGGUUUACACCAGGUAACACAGGGAUCACAGAGACACGUCACCUUGGUCAGAUUAGUUUGCUUUGGCCUCUCACUCCUGAGGAAGAGCUGGUUCUGAGCCAGCACCUGGCACAUUCUCAGUUCUUGGUCAGCUCCUUAGUUGAGAGGGGUCUAUUGGCUGCACUUUACCCCAUCUUUAAUAACUGGCAAAUUUCUUGCUACCUUUUACCAUCUUUCCAAAUCUCUGAAAAUCCUUUCUGCCAGUGGAAGCCUUCAGUCCAACGCUGGCCUUCCAGCCAGACAGCUUUGCCCUCUCUCUGGCUUCCUCGGUCUUCCUUGGUCCUGCAGAGACCACACUGCCUGUAGCAUAGACCACCACCACGGGCCUGUCAGCCAUAAACACAGCAAACCCUGCCAGCUGUUUGCUGCUCAGUUCCUUCAUCUCCCAGGUCAAUAGCCCACAGUGGUGGCACUGCCUUUUACCCCAGGAGCCAAAGCAAUGGGAACAACUGGUUAGGUGCAGUUGGGUCCAAUUCUGAGAGAAGAGAUUUCCCGACAUGUCUUUCAGGUGACUCUCAACUACCUCAGGUUUAAAAAUCCCUAAAUUAAGCUGAUUCCUAGGGACAAACCGAGGAGGUUCAGAUAAAUCUUGGUGAUAACGAAAUUGUCUCAAACUUAUAGUAACUCUUUCACAUUUAGGUUUGCAGGGAUGGGGUUGGGUUUGUUCUGUUUUAAACCUUUCCCCCAGUUUUCCAUUAGAAUAGUUCCUAUAAAUGAAUUUCAUUUUUCACUGAGUGCCUACCUUCCCAGGGCAGGUAGCCACUGGCUUUUGUUUCCUUCCAACAAUACUUUUAUUAUGAUACUAAGAUCUUUCUUUGUAUAAUACAUUGCAUCUGUGUUUGCAAUUUUUGAAAUAAAUAUUUCAACCUGGCAAUGGAGAGUAGUGGUGAUAACUGACUAAAGUGGCUUUGAGGUCUAGGGUUCCAGUGAAAAGCUUGCGUUUACACCCUGAGGUUCACCGAACCCACUUACGUGCUGGGCCUUUGGGAAUAUAUCCUUAAAAAGAAUUUUUCUGAGAGGUGCAGCUGUUACCACAUUUCCUUAGCUGGUUUAGAAAGAAGAAGUAUUACUUUGUACUCUUUAAAUAUGUUCCAUCCUCCCUGUCCUUGUGGAGGAUUAGAUGGAAAAUGCCAGGGUGGUUGGGGUAAAUGACCUAGAAGGCCAGGUCUCUGAUUAAAAUCUGGGGGCUCGGGCGGUAACUACUACCUUCUCCACCCUUUCAAUGCAAAAAUAACCUGACACCUUCAAGCUGGAUGUGAUGAAUUCUGCUUAGGGACAGAAGCUUCCAAUUAGGGAUUCAGAACGAGCCAUUCGCAGUUAGAUCUGGAAAGAGAGCUAACAGAAUGGGGCUGGGUUGCAUGACGACCUUUCCACAGGAUGGAACUUCUGCAACCUAACACUGCCAAGGUGACCUACAAGCGGAGAUACAGGGCAGGCCUGAGGGUGGUAAGUGGGGGAUUCACCCAAAUGACUCAUCAAGUAAGGAGAGAAUGAGGCAACUAAUAGAAGCUAGAGCCUAAAGCUAAUCAAAGAACCAGGAAAACAAGAGAAGAGGAAUAGUGUUGAAACUGCCUAGUGGGAAGAUGAGCGGGAUAGCACAGAAGAUGGGAACACUUCCUGACAGCUGGCUUUUUCUGGUCCCUGUAGCAGAAUGCCAAGGUGAGCCUGCUCCAUUUAAAGCACUGCUGAUAGAAUGGACAGUUCUUGGUCACAGCUGUCUUGCAGGUCAGUCCUGGAGCUCAGAUGUGAAGAUGAGGGGUCCAGAAAGCCAAUCAGCAGUCCUGUCUUGGGCAAGGGGAAGUCUCCUUCCGGGGCCUGGGUCUGGCCAGGCCAGCAGUGCCAUCCAGGAGAGCACGCCCAGCUCAGGCCAGACCAGGUGGGCCCCAGUGUUCCUGCUUCCUCCCUCUCAGGUACACUCCAGCCCUCUACACUCCCCCACUCAGCAUGGCUCUGCUACUCCCAUCUGAGGGGUCUUCCUGGGGGUCUGUGGUCAGGCCUCAGUUCUAGGAAUGAACCCUGCCUAGUGGGUCUCUCACCCUGGCCAGCACAGCAUUUUAUGAGGAAUUGUGUGAUAUUCAGCCACCAGAAUGAUGCUAACAUGCUAUCAAAAAGGGGGAGGGGACCUAGGGUUUAUACAGACAGGCCUGCCAAGGUGGAAAGAAACAAAGGGUUGAAUGGGCAAGUAGGAGGACAGCCUAGAUGAAAAGGGGAAGGGAACCGAGGGUUCCUACAGACCAGUCUGCCAGGGUGAAGAAACACAGGGUUAAGAUGGGCAAGUGGGAGGACAGCCUAGAUGAAAAGAGGGAGGGAAUUGAGGGUUCCUACAGACAGGUCUGCCAAGGUGAAGAAACACAGGGUUAAGAUGGGCAAGUGGGAGGACAGCCUAGAUGAAAAAAUGAAGCCACAGGAUGUAGCUGAGCAUACUGUGUACAGUUGUGAUUCAAAGUCAGCAAGUUAUCCUCAGUUGCUAACACAUUACCUGACAUGUGGGAGGCCUCUGAACAUUAUUUUUGAAUGAAUGACUGAAUUCUCUCUUUUCACUGCAUUUUUAGUCAUGCACACAUUUUGUGCAUCCAUUCAUUAUGCAGACAUUGAGGUUUUUAAAGAAGGCUGUCCUCAAAAGCUACAUUCACGUACUCACUACUUGUUAUGAGGCAUCUUCCGUAUGAAGUACUGGGAACACAGUGGAAAGCAAAAAUAGAUACGGUCUCGACUUCCUGGAGCUUGCAGGCUACUGAGGGAAAUAAAUCAGAUAAAUGAUCACAACCACUGGAAGAAGCACAAUCAGGAAGGGACAGAGUGCUGGGAGAGCAUGUCAGGGUGCUUACAGAAAGGAUUCCUUAAAAAGUUGAUGGCUGAGCUAAGAGGAUGAGGAGGUGUUACCUAGAUAACGCAGGUAGGAAAGCUCACCCCAGGUGGCAGGAACUGCAUGUGCAAAGGCACUGUGAUGGGACACCAGAGAGACUGAGGCCAUUGUGUAACUGGAGCCCAGAAGAGAAUGGUGCGUGAGGGGUCUGGAGGAAGAGGCAGGGGCAGGUCAUGCAGACAAGGCCAAGCUGUUGAAGGGCUUUAAGCAAAGGGGUGACAAGACCAGAUGGGCAUUUUGAAAAGGCCAUUCUAGUGCAGUAUGAGAACAGAUCAGAGUAGUACAAGAGUAGAUGUGGGAAGACCAGGAGGGAAGCUAUCGUAGUCCAGACAGGAUGAGAGAAGCUUGGGCUAGGGUACUGGCAGUAGAGAUGGGGAGAAAGGACAGGCCAGAAAGACAUUUAAAAGGUAAAAUGGACAGGCCUUGGUUUAGAAAAGGGUAUAGGAACAGGAAUUGUCAAGGAUGGCUCCCAGGUUUCUGGCUUGUAGAGCUGGAUAGAUGGUGGUAUCACCUGCCUGAGGAAACCCUAGAAGCGGGCAGGUUUGGCACAGAUGUGUUUUCAGUUUGAAUUGCCUUUGAGACAUCCAAGUGAAGAUACUGAGUAGGUUCCUGCAUUCAGAGAAGUCAUAGGUAAGAUGUCAUGAGAAAAGGAGAGGGUCCAGAAUGGGCCUCGAAUUUCAACAUUUAGAAUAGUCAGGCGCAGGAAGCUAAACUUGCCAAGGACCUGAGAAGGAGCAGCUUGAGAGACAGGGAAGUCAGGAGACUGUAAGGUAUGAACAGCAAGGGAAGAUGGUGUUUCAAGGAGUGAAACACAGUGUUAAAUAUUGUCAUUCUGAAGGCUUGUUCCAAGUAAAUGCUAUAGGAGCUUGUCUUAGUUAUCUAGUGCUGCUAUUACAGAAAUACCACAAGUGGAUGGCUUUAACAAAGAGACAUUUAUUCUCUCACAGUCUGGGAGGCUAGACGUCCAAAUUCAGAGUGCCAGCUCUAAGAGAAGGCUUUCUCUCUCUGUCGGUUCCGGAGGAAAGUCCUCGUCAUCAGUCUUCCCUUGGUCUAGGAGCUUCUCCGCACAGAAACCUCAGGGCCGAAGGACGUGCUCUGCUCCCAGCACUGCUUUCUUGGUGAAUGAGGUCCCCAUGUCUCUCUGCUGGCUUCUUUCUUUUCUGUCUCAAAAGAGAUUGGCUCAAGAAACAAUCUAAUCUUGUAGAUUGAGUCCUGCUUCAUCUGCAUAACUGCUGCUAAUCCCAUCUCCUCAACAUCAUAUAGAUGGUAUUUACAUGUAGGAAUAUCGCAUCAGAUGACAAAAUGGUGAAUAAUCAUACAAUGCUGGGAAUCAUGGCCUAGCCAAGUCCACAGGUAUUUUGGGGGGACACAAUUCAAUUCAUGACAGAGCUGUUGACAUCAUUCCCAAAUGUAAUGAUCCAGAAAGACUGCAUAGAGGGACAUUUAACUCUUAUCCCAAAAUGAUAGCUCUGAUUUCAGCAGGUGGAAAUAAUGUAACAGGAUAUGCCAGGUAGGUGAAAUGCUACCAAAAGUAUAAAUAUGGGGCAGCAAGGUUAGGGAAGGGUCUAUCAUCUGGUUUGGUUGAAGCAUAAAAUUUUUGAGCAGAGAAACAGGAGAGAAAAGCUUCAAAGGUAACUUGUACCAAGCUAAAGAAAAUUUUGAACGCCAGGCUAAGAAGUUCUGAUAUAGUUCCACAGAGAGCCAUUGCUGGGUCUUAGAUAUGGGAAUAGGCCCAUCUCUCACUCUCACCUUCUCACAGUGUUCAAUAGUCACACUGACGCAGACUGAAGACACGUCCUGAAGGCUGACACAACAUUUUGGUAACCUCACGAGAUCUUCCGUACUGCCUCUUAUGUUCCCUUUUUCCUCUGCCUUUCACCAUUACAAUUGAACUAAAGUGUGCAUCAGGUUUUCUUUUUUCACCAUGCACAUGGGCUCUGAAACCCUUCUUCCUCAUUCUAUGUGUACUCUGCUUCCUGUUCCAUCUCUGAGCCAAAACCAAGCCUAAGUAUGGCUGCUAGCACAGAAGUGCUGUUUCUAGAGAAAGCCUAAGUUUCUGAGUUAAAUACCAAAGUUCUUGGAAGCAUCCUGAACUCCCCUUCAAAAUCUUUGCCACAGUCUCCGUUGUUGUCACUGUUGUUGGGUGCCAUCGAGUCGGUUCCAAACUCAUAGUGACUACAUACAACAGAAUGAAACACAGCCCAGACCUGCGCCGUCCUCACAAAUGUUGCUGUUUGAGACCACUGUUGAAGCCACUGUCAAUCCAUCUUGUCGAGGGUCUCCCUCUUUUUUGCUGACUGUCCGUCCACCUUACGAAGCAUGAUGUCCUUCUCCAGGGACUGAUCCUUCCUGAUAACAUGUACAAAGCACAUGAGAAGAAGUCUCACCAUUGUUGCUUCCAAGGGGCACUCUGGCUGUCCUUCUUCCAAGGAAGAUUUGUUCAUUCUUCUGGCAGUCCAUGGUAUGUUCAAUAUUCUUCGCCGACACCAUAAUUCAAAAGCAUCAACUCUUCUUUGGUCUUCCUUAUUCUUUGUCUGGCUUUCAUAUGUAUAUGAGGAGACUGAAAAUAUCAUGGCUUGGGUCAGGCACACCCUAGUCCUCAAAGUGACAUCUUUGCUUUUCAACACUUUAAAGAGGUCUUUUUGCAGCAGAUUUCUCCAGUGCAAUACAUUGUUUGGUUUCUUGACUGCUGCUUCCAUGGGCGUUGAUUAUGGAUGCAAGUAAAACGAAAUCCUUGACGAUUUCAGUCCUCUCCAUUUAUCAUGAUUUUUCUUAUUGGUCCAGUUGUGAGGAUUCUGUUUAUGUUGAGGUAUAAUCCAUGCUGAAGGCUGUAGUCUUUAAUCUUCAGUAAGUGCCUCAAGUCCUCUUCACUUCCAGCACGCAUGGCUGUAUCAUCUGCGUAUUGCAGAUUGUUAAUUAGUCUUCCUCCAGUCCUGAUGCCACAUUCUUCUCCAUAAAGUCCAGCUUCUCAGGUUAUUUGCUCAGCAUACAGAUUGAAUAAGUAUGGUGAAAGGAUACAACCCUGACGCACACCUUUCCUGAUUUUAAACCACACAGUAUCCCCUUGUUCUGUUCGAAUGACUGCCUCUUGGUCUAUGUACAGGUUCCACAUGAGCACAAUUAAGUGUUGUAGAAUUCCCAUUUUUUGCAGUAUUAUCCAUAAUUUGUUAUGAUCCACACAGUUGAAUGCCUUUGUGUAGUCAGUAGAACACAGGUAAACAUCUUUCUGGUAUUCUCUGAUUUUUCAGCCAAGAUCCAGCUGACAUCAGCAAUGGCAUUCCUCAUUCCAUGUCCUCUUCUGAAUCCAGCUUCAAUUUCUGGCAGUUCCCAGUCAAUGUACUGCUGCAACCUUUUUUGAAUUAUCUUCAGCAAAAUUUUCCUUGAGUGUGAUAUUAAUGAUAUUGUUCAAUAAUUUCUGCAUUCUGUUGGAGCACCUUUCUUGGGAAUGGGCACAAAUUUGGAUUUCUUCCAGUCGGUCGGCCAGGUAGCUGUCUUCUAUAUUUCUUGGCAUAGAUGAGUGAUCACCUCCAGUGCUGCAUUCGUUUGUUGAAACAUCUCAGUUAUUCCGUCAGUUCCUGGAGCCUUGUUGUUCACCAAUACUUUCAGUGCAGGCUGGACUUCUUCCUUCAAUACUAUCAAUUAUUGAUCAUAUGCUGUCUCCUGAAAUGUUUGAAUGUCAACCAGUUAUUUUUGGUACAAUAACUGUAUAUUCCUUCCAUUUUCGUUUGAUGCAUCCUACAUCAUUCAAUAUUUUGCCCAUAGAAUCCUUCAGUAUUGCAAUUCAAGGCUUGAAUUUUUUCUUCAGUUCUUUCAGCUUGAAAAAUGUGCAGCGUGUUCUUCCCAUUUGGUUUUCUAUCUCCAGGUCUUUGCACAUUUCCUUAUAAUACUUUGUCUUCUCCAGCUGCCCUUUGAAAUCUUCUGUUCAACUCUUUUACUUUAUUUCUUCCAUUCACUUUAGCUACUUUAUGCUCAAGAGCAAGUUUCAGAGUCUCUUCUGACAUCCAUUUAGGUCUUUUCCAUCUUUCCUGUCUUUUUAAUGAUCUUUUGCUUUCUUCAUGUAUGAUAUCCUUGAUGUCAUCCCGUAACUCCUCUGGUCCUCAUUCAUUAGUGUUCAGUGUGUCAGAUCUAUUCUUGAGAUGGUCUCCAAAUUCAGGUGGGAUAUACUCAAGGUUGUAUCUUGGUUCUCAUGUACUUGUUUUAAUUUUCUUCAGCUUCAAGUUGAACAUGCUUAUGAGCAAUUGAUGGUCUGGUCAGCAGUCGCCCCUGGCCUUGUUCUGACUGAUGACAUCGAGCUUUUCCAUUGUCUCUUUUCACAGAUGUAGUGGUUUGAUUCCUGUGUUUUCCAUCCGGUGAAGGCCACACAUAUAGUCACCGUUUAUGUUGUUGAAAAAAGGCAUUUAUAAUGAGUAAGUCAUUGGUCUUGCAAAAUUCUGUUAUGCAAUCUCCAGUGUCAUUUCGGUCACCAAGGCUAUCUUUGCACUACUGAGCCUUCUUUGUUUCCAACUUCCACAUUCCAAUCACCAUUAAUUAUCAGUGCAUCUUGAUUGCAUGUUUGAUCAGUUUCAGACUGUAGAAGUUGGUAAAAAUCUUCAAUUUCCUCAUUUUUGGUGUUAGUGGUUGGUGUAUAAAUUUGAAUAAUGGUCGUAUUAACAGGUCUUAUAGGAUAUUAUCCUAUUACUGACAGCAUUAUACUUCAGGAUAGAUCUCAAAAUGUUCUUUUUAACGAUGAAUGAGACACCAUUCCUCUUCAAUUUGUCAUUCCUGGCAUGGUAGACCAUAUGAUUCUCUGAUUCAGAAUGGCCAGUAUCAGUCCAUUUCAGCUCACUAAUGCCUAGGAUAUCGAUUUUUAUGCAUUUCAUUUUUGAUGUCUUCUAAUUUUCCUAGAGUCAUACUUCGUACAUUCCACAUUCCCAUUAUUAAUGGUUGUGUGCAGCUGUUUCCUCUCAUUUUGGGUGGUGCCACCUCAGCAAAUGAAUGUCCUGAAAGCUUUACUUUAUCCACCUCAUUAAGGUUGACUCUACUUUGAGGAGGCAGCUCUUCCCCAGUUGUAUUUUGAGGGCCUUCCAACCUGAGGGGCUCAUCUUCUGGCACUGUACCAGACAGUGUUCCACUGCUAUACAUAAGGUCUGUCUCAGUUGGAAGCUCUGCUGAAACCUGUCCACCAUGGGUGACCCUGCUGGUGCUUGAAAUACCAAUGGCAUAGCUUCCAGCAUCACAGCAACAUGCAAGCCACCACAGUAUGACAAACUGACAGACACUUGGUGGACAAUCUCCAUAUAUCUUCUAAUUAUAUUUUUUCCCUAAAGGACCAAUAUUCAAAAUAAAUUUUGAAAACUAAAUUGUAUUCAAUUUAAUUCUAUUAUCAUAUUGUUUAAAAUGGCUAAUCUUACAAUAGUUAUAUCUUCUGGAUUCCUGUCAGUUCAGUUUUUAUUAUAUACAAGAGGCUGUAGAAGAUAGAAAAAUAAACAAGAUAUGGUCCUUUAAGGGCCUUCCAAACUUGGAAAGAAGACACAUGUACAUUCGAAACUGAAAUAUAAACAUGAAAGAGAAAUGAGGCAAUAACUUUGAGUAUGUAACAGCACCAAGGGAAGUUUUUUUAAGGGGAAAGAAUUGAGAAUGUGUAAAGAGUAAAAAGAAGUCAGAGGGGGUAGAGACUGAAGUAUGACAGAAAUAAGAGGAGUGCUGAAGCUAGUUCCUAGAGAUGUGAUUCAUUCAUUCCUUCCCACAAAUUCUUAUUCAGUGUCUACUGUGUUUAAGGCCCAAAGGAUACAGUGCUAGGAACACAUCCCACCCUCCCAGAGCUUGCAGUCUGGUGGGGCAGCUGACAUUCAACAAGUGGGUUGCAUGUCCCAAACGGAGUGGUGAAAAAGAUGAUGUGACAAGGGAACUUAUACAUUCAGGAGGGCCCGGGGAAGCCCCCAUGAGGCAAUGACAUGAUAGCUGAGGCUGACCAAACUGUAGGGCCUCGACUGCCAGCUGAAGGGUUUGGGGAUUUAUUCUCUGGAUCAUAGGCAGGGAUGUGAUGACACCAGCUGUCACCUCUCGUCUAAAUCACCCUAGUAACCUCCUAAAUCAUCACCAACAUGAGCUCUGGUCCCCUGCCAAGCCGUUCUCCAGACUGCUGCUCAAGUCAUCAUUUCCAAAGUUAAAUCUGAUCUUGUCACUCACCCUCCCUCCCUUCUGUAAAACCUUUCGGUGGCUUCCCAUUGCUUUUAUGUUGUAAACAAGCCCAUAAGCUCCUCCCCAGAAUCUGUAGGGUCAGGUCUCAAGCAACCUUGUCAUCCUCCUCACUGCUCCCACCACUACUACUCUCCAUUCCAAACACAUGGACUUCUUCCAGGACUUUGACCUUGACAUGCUCCCUCCUGCCCAAGCCUUUCGAUGUGCUGUUCGUGCUGCUAGGGCACUCUGCCCUGCCCUCUUUGCCCAGUUGACUCCACUCAUCUUUCUGACCUCAGUUUAAGCAUCACUUCCUCAGGAAAGACUUCCCUGAAUUCCCCAAUUAGGUCAAACUAUUUUAUUUCAGGCACUCAUGUUAUCUUGGUUCUCUCCUUCAUAGUCCUUGUCACAGCUGCAAUUUUACAUUUGCUUGUUUGACCAUUUGACUGUUAGGUUUCUCCAUUAGACUACCUGAGGACCAUGAAGGCAUGGUUUCUGUCCAUUUUUGCUCGUUAUUGUACCCUUGCACUAGCACAAUGCCUGGCACAUAGUAGGCACUCAAAUAUUUGUGAAAGAUUUGUAUUCUAUAAAGAUCACUCAACAGUGUGGAAAACAGAUAAUAAGAAAAGUAUGAAUGGGAGAAAGUGGUUACAAUGCUAUUGUAGUAGACCAGACAGGCAGUGUCAGCAGUAGGGAAUGCAGUAGAUAGAUAAGAGGUAUGUCCAGGAUGUAAAAUUAUAGGAUUCAUCGAGGUGAGAGAGAAAUAAGAAUGAAUCCAAGGUUUCUGUCUUGAGCAAAAGGGUGGAUGAUGGUGUCGUAUACUGAGAUGGGCAACACUACAAGAGGAGCAGGUUGGUUGGAGAAUGAAAAGGGUACAGAUAGGAAGAUGACCCAUUCAGUCUGGGAUUUGUUGAACACCCAGGUGGAGAUGGACACAGUAGUCUGAAUCCUAGUAAAUAAGAGUAGGGUAAAGUUUCACAUUCAGGAAUGCACAGCACAUAGAAGAUCUAUGUUUUGGGAGAGGCAAUUCUCCAUGGGCCCUGAGCAUCGCUCUGUGUUCC